AAAAUUAAAUUCAACGGCUAAAACCCUAAAAUUCAAAUCUUUCCAAAAUCUUGAAACCGUUCAAUUUCACCCUCAAAACCCAACAAAUACAUGCGUUUAGUGAGAGAAACUCAACAACCACACACACCCAUUCUGAUUUCAUACUCUGUUUCUUGAUAUUGUUUGUGUGCAUACACACAAACUCUCAAAAUUCAUCGAAAUCAACCUCUGAUUUCACCCAAUUCUCGCACAAAGAAACCUUCAAAAUUCGUCCAAAUCAGCCUCUGAUUUCACCCAAUUCAAGCACAAAGGUGGGUUUUUGAAAAAAAGAUCAAGAAGAUGAAUGACCUCAUGACGAAAUCGUUUCUAAGUUAUGUGGAUUUGAAGAAACAAGCGCAAACAGACGUCAAAUCGGAAGAAAACGACAUCGAAUUAGGGGUUCAAGAUCCAAAACUCAGUCCUGCAGAUGAACUCAAUCUUUCAAAAUUCUUCCAAGAAAUCGACGCGAUCAAAUCCACCAUGGAAGAAGUCACAAACCUCCUCUCUGACCUUCGAAACCUAAACGAAGAGACUAAAUCCGCUCACAGUGCGAAGGUUCUUCGCGGGUUAAGGGACCGAAUGGAGUCUGAUACGAUGGCGGUCCUGCGUAAGGCGAAUGUGGUCCUCGCACGCCUCGAAUGUCUCGAAUCUUCAACACCGUUAAACCACAACACUGCUGUGAACAGAACCCGGGUUUUAGUCACAAAUGGGCUGAAACUAAAACUCAAGAAAACGAUGACUGAGUUUCAAGAUUUGAGAGAUAAAAUAGUUGCAGAUCAUAAAGAUUACCUCAAAAAAAGGUACUUUAACGAAACCGGUGAAUACCCGAGUGAUGAAAUGGUUGAAACAAUGGUUUCUGGUAAUGGGAAACUGUUUGAAAUGGUUGAAGGGAAGAGGGAUAUGGUUAUGGAGAAUCAAGAAAGACAUGAGGCUGUGAGGGAUUUGAAGAAAAGUUUGGAUAAACUUCAUCAAGUAUUUCUUGAUAUGGCUGUUUUGGUGGAGGGUCAAGGGCAGAAGUUGGAUGACAUUGAAGAUAAUGUGGCAAAGGCUGGAAGCUUUGUGAGUGGUGGAACAGGUAGUUUGUUUUAUGCUAAACAGAUGAAGGAUAAACAGAGGAACAGUUGGGUGUGUUUGAUUUGGGCUGUGGUGAUAAUUAUAUGUGUGGUGUGCUGCAUUGCUAUGCUGUCUGCUUUCUAACAAGAGUGCCAAAUCUAUUGGUUUGUUUAGUUGUUUUGUGAUUUUGGGGUUUUUUUUUUCAGGAUUGAGUGGUAGUUUUUGGAUGAAUUGAUGUUAUGAUGUCUGGAUUCAUCAUUCAUAUGGUCUGUGUUUAGUUGUUUUGUUAUUUUGUGAUUUUUUUCUUUCUGAAUUGAGUGGUAGUUUUUGGAUCAAUGGAUGUUAUGAUGUCUGGAUUCAAA